AUGUAUCCCUCAAGUGGUGCUCCAAUGGCACAACCUCAGAAACCAGAGACCUUUAUGCUCUCAAACGAGGCCCAACAAAGCUUGCCUCAGGAUGCGCAAGUCGCUCUGCAGCAAGUCGAUAACCUCAAAUACUUCCUUAUAUCUGCACCAGUGGACUGGAGUCCAGAUUCUUUAAUUCGGAGGUUUCUACUUCCCACGGGCGAAUACGUUUCUUGCGUGUUGUGGAACAACCUCUUCCACGUUUCGGGCACAGAUAUCGUGAGAUGUCUAUCCUUUCGCUUUCAAGCAUUCGGUCGACCAGUAAAGAACCCAAAGAAAUUCGAGGAAGGUAUCUUCUCUGACCUGCGCAACCUGAAAUCGGGCACGGAUGCAUCACUAGAAGAACCUAAAAGCCCUUUCCUCGAUUUCCUUUACAAGAACAACUGUAUUCGCACACAAAAGAAGCAAAAGGUCUUUUACUGGUAUAGCGUUCCCCAUGAUCGUCUGUUUCUUGACGCGCUCGAGAGAGAUCUCAAGCGUGAAAAGAUGAAUCAAGAGGCCACCACCAAAGCGGUCGCAGAGCCUGCCCUUUCAUUCGAGUUCGACUCUUCGCAGUCACUCUUCGAGCAACUCACAAAGGCUCAGCAAGCCAGUUCCUCUUCAUUUGCCACUGCCAAUGCAAACGCAUAUUCCCAGUCCACCUCUCCUGUUCUUCGCGCAACAGAUUCUAUGCCUCCACCACAGAUGGUGCCACCUCACCCUCAAAUGCCUCGUUCACAGGAACCUACUCAGCACAUGUAUGCAAAUCUGGGCUUACAAACAAGCAUGCCAACGUCCAUGUCAACCGUUGCCAUGUCACGAGAGCCAGACUACUCUCAAGCAGCAUUCGACCGUAGUGGACUCUCGUACGACCGAACUCAUAUGCGUCACACAUCUAUGCCAGCAUAUAUGGAGUAUUCUCCUGCUCCAUCGUUCGUCUCCUCGCACUUUGAGGACUACAGCACCCGUGGCUUGUCAUACGAACCCAUUACUCCACCUCAACAUCAAGUCCCCCAUGGUGCUGAGCCUGCAUACAUUGCAAAUGAGGACACUGGACUUUACUCUGCAAUUCCUGAGAUGCAAUCCAUGCAAGCCUAUAACCCCAUGGCUUCCCUCCCACCUUCGACACUUUCUGGCCCAUCUUAUGCUGCUGCACCUCGAGCAUUCCCUCCCGCCAACGUCUACUCUGUGAUUGAGGGUUCUCCUACCUACAAAGCACGCAGGCGGAGGUCUUCUAUUCCGUCUUCCAUCAUGAACGCCGUGGCCGCAAACGCCGUGGCCCAAGUUACACAUGGAAUGAAGGCACAUAUGCCUCAACGUCCAAGCGACCUACGGCGGUCGAUGUCUAGUUCUGUACUUCCAAUUGCCGAGGGUGACGAAUCUGCUGGUCAAUCUCCUCCUGGGCUGGCACACAGCUAUGCGUCUUCUCUGGUACACCGUGACCACAUGCAUGAUUACUCACGGCAUUCGACACCUCUGGGCAGUCUUGAAGAGGACCCAUCACAUUCCCUCGGUAUGGUGACUUCAAAUGAGGGCAUGCCCAAUCUGAUUGCCGACCAAAUGCACCCCGGGUCAUUACACGGAAGCCCCGCUGUGAGACUAGAAAGGCCAGGCCCGAUCCGAAGAGCACGAAGUGCAACCAUGAUGGAGCUUGGUGUGCCCUAUAAGUCACACUCGUGCCCAAUCCCAAGUUGUGGUCGGCUUUUCAAGCGUCUUGAACAUCUGAAGAGACACGUUCGUACCCACACACAAGAACGACCCUACGUGUGCCCAUAUUGUAACAAGGCUUUCUCUCGAUCUGACAACCUUGCACAGCAUCGUCGUACUCAUGAAUCUCAGCAAGAUGGUCAACCACUUCAAGUCAACAGUGAAGAGGAACUUGAAAACGAGGAGAAUGAGUUUGGUUCGAUGGACGAACUUUCUUCGCCCGAUGAAGUUACUCGACCAUCCAGUGUAUCUGGCAUGAUGGCCAUGUCAAUGCCACCACCAUCCACACUUGUUAUGCAUACCAUGUCACACUCCAUGGCACCCAGCCAACUUGUCCAACCUUCGAUGUUGCAAAAUAUGUAG